ACAAAGUUUAGCGUGUUUUCGACGAGUUACAGUAAACCAGUAUGGUGGCGAGAAAACGGUGGCCAUUACCGCUUAUACACAUUAUACACGAGUUACUGCCUACUAAAACUAAACUAUCGGACAUGCGUUAUUUCUUGCUAUUAGCCUUUAUUUUAUAUGACAUCGUGGCUCAGGCGGCGUCUAGCUACGACUACGAGGAGCUGAUGGAGGGCAAGCACGCGCUCAACGAGGACCGGCGGAACUGGAGGAAGAAGGCGCUGGACCCGGGCAGCGACGUCGAGAACCUCAUCAGGGGGCAGCGCCGCUACGACGGCGCGGGCGGCGGGAAGAGCGCGGAGAUUUACGAAGAGAAAGAGCAAAAAAUGCCUGCAGCAAUGAAUUGUGAUCGACCACGUGAGAGGUACGAGCCGUGUUUCUCAGGCUGCGCUUCCGUGUCUUGCGACAACCCGCGCGACCGGCUGCGGCCGUGCUACCCGUUCUGCGAGCCAGGGUGCGUGUGCGUGCCGCCCUACGUGCGCGACGACCGCACGCACAAGUGCGUACCGCCGGAGGAGUGCACCAAGGGCUUAAAAGGAGUUCCAGACAUUGGAGAGGAGGUGUAAGAAAUAACAUACAUAUAGGUAUAAGGAAUUGUAAAUAUCGUACCUG